UAAAUGAUAACCGGAACUUCCUGUAUGCAUGAAUGUUUUGUUGAAAGGAAACACGUAGAUUUAUUUUUCCUGUCUCUCUCAGCCCUAAUAUUUAACAACAUAUUAUUUCUCAGUGUUCAAUCAAUUUAUAUUUAAGCAAAAGAAAAUUUCUUCAUUAAAUUUGCUAUUAUAAGGUGAAACAUUUGCUAAAUAACAUUGUUGACAAACGAAAAAUAGAACUAUACGAAAUGUCGUGGCUUAAGGAGUUCGCAGCCAAAACAGAACAUCUAUUAAAUAAUCUUGAUCAGGCAGCAGGGCAAAUGAUAACAACAACGGGAUCACCAACUCAACAAGUUGGGGAGGAAAAUACUAAUCAAUCAUUCCAUGAAUCGACUACAGUUUCUUCAAAUAUUAUCCAAGAGAGAUCGGCACCAAUGCCAACUUCAGUUAGUGUUCCUGCUAAUAUGAAUAAAAUGAAUGGUAGAAGCUCUUCCCCAUACUUAAACCAAAUGAGCAGAUCGUCAUACGCAUCAUCUCAAAGUAAUGGAUCAUCCAAAAGAAAAGAUAAAGAUGAGGAGCUAUUCGAAUUUCUCAAUUCUGGCGAUGAUAAAAAAACAAAACAUUCGAGGCAAUCUAGCUGUUCAUCGACAACUAGCGCUUUAUCUAGUAAGUCAAGUCGAACCAAUACAACAACUAAUGAAGCUCCAUGCAGCGAAACACCAAUAAAAUCAAGCGAAGAAGUGAUCCCUAUUGUAACUGGAGAGGAAAAGGCUGACCAGCAAACACAUCAAUUUGAAUUAGAAAACAAAUUACUGAAGAACGAAAUUUCCUCAUUAAACAAUGAAAUGAAUUCGCUAGUAAAACGAGUUAAAACUGCAGAAGAAGAAUCAAAAAAACUGCAAUCCCAGAUAAACCAAAAAAAUUACGAAAUAUCUAAAAUCGACCAAGCACUUCGAGAUUUAAGAUCUAAAGAGACCGACUUUAACGAAGCAUUAAACGCUAAAGACUCACAAUUAGCUGUUCUGAGAGUAAGGCUCGAAGAAAACGAUAAAGCAUUAAUGUCUAAAAAAGAAAUAAUCGAAGAACUGCAAGGCGAAAAGUCAAGAAUUUUACAAGACCAUACGUCCGUAUCAGGUGUUCAAUCUCAAGCUUUAGAAAGCGUGAAAGAUCGUUUAGAAGAGGUGCAAAGGACAACCGACCGUGAAAAGAAUGAAUUUCAGAAAAAAGAGAGAGAGUAUACUGAUUUAAUUGCUAAGCUAGAGGAUCAACAUCAGAGUAUCUCGGGAGCUUUAGCCACUGCUCAAAGGCGCCUUACAGAAGAACAAACUCAAAAAUCUGAUGCCGUCUCGCAAUUGAAAAAUUUUAAAGUCUCUUUAGAUAAUGCAAAAAGAGAAUUGACAGAAUACAAGGAAAAAGCUACUCGGAUUUUACAAUCCAAAGAGAGAUUGAUUGAGAGUUUAAAAUCUGGUGAUGGUGGUGAGUCGGAUAUUGCCGCCAGCGAGAUCCGUGAAUUAACAGAAGAGAAGGAGUUCUUAAGAGAGGAAUUACAACAUACAAGAGCUACAAUCGAAACCCUUCGAACCGAACUCCAGGAUACUGAAGUUCAAUUUGCAACAGACAUUGAAGAUGUAAACGAAAAUCUUAGCCACUGCCGAGAGGAAUUAGAGAGCGAAAAGCGCAAAUGCCGUGAAUUGGAGCAUGAGAGUUCUCGACAAAAACAGCAACUUGAUUUAGCCGGUGAGGAGUUAAUAAAGCAGAAAGCUUCUUUACAAACAAAACUAAAAGAAAAAGAGAAUGAGGUAGAAAAACUACGAUCGCAGCUUUUAUCUAGGCCAGCCCCAAAUUCAAAUGAGGCUGAAUUGGAGAACAGACUUCACGCAUUGACCGAAAGUCUAAUUCAUAAACAAACAAUGGUUGAGGCAUUGAGUACUGAAAAAAACUCGCUAUCACUGCAAUUUGAAAGACUUGAGUAUCAAUAUAAGGAAUUACAAGCUAGUAAUAUAAGAUCUCAUGCCACAAUAAAUAUUAUGGAAGACGAAGACGUUCGACAGAGGACACCAAUGUUUAUGAGAGAAUCUCCUGCCGAUGGAGACGUUACCCGAAGAGUUAAAAGAGCUGCUAAUAAUAUAGAUCGCUUUAGUAUAAGACUUGGUGUUUUCCUCAGGCGAUAUCCUAUAGCAAGGGUGUUUGUGAUUAUUUAUAUGAUACUACUACAUUUAUGGGUAAUGGUUGUCUUAUUAACCUAUCAGCCUGAAGUUCACGGUAAAGAAUUUAAUGGUAAAUUGCCUGCUGCUCAUCCACCUUCAGAUGGUUAA